AUGGGCUUACUUACCCAUUUCACUCCAUCGACUGCUUCCGGAAUCUGGAAGCUUCUUUCGACGAGUAAGCCUUUGUUAAGCACGCACAGUGGUACCCUCUCAGAAAAUCCUAAUAAUUUCCUGAAAUGUUUUUCCUCAUUUCCCAUCCGACAACCUCGCAUCAAUAUUCGUAGAUUCAGGAAACCGAAUCAGGUUACCAUGGAUAAUUUUCACAUUUCUAUCGCAACCAUUGAUCAUCGAGAGGAAAUUCGUGAAUUUCUUAUGAAACAUUUUCUUGUAGAAGAAACCAUGAAUGUAGCAACUAGCAUAACAGAAGAAGAAUUUGGUCCAUUUGCCGAUGCUACGCUCGAUUCUUCAUUGUUGACACCAUUUUCAGUGAUUUGUCGCGGUGAAAAUGGUAAGAUUGCUGGAGUCGCGCUGAGUACGGUAUGUCACCGUGAUGAUCCUGAAUUCUCAAAUCCACUUGGAUCACCACAAAGGCCCGAAAUAGCUGCCAUCGCCGCCAUUUGUGAAGACAUACAUGGAUCCCUAUGGCGACUACUUGACCCAGACAUAAAAUCGGUUCUCGAGCUAGAUAUUCUGAGUGUAGCUCUUCAGCACCAGCGACGUGGUAUUGCUGGUAAGAUGCUGGAAAAGCGUAAAUCGCUCGAAUUGCUUAAGGAAUUCAAAAUUCAAGGGUUUGUCUGCCAAGCUUCAUCAUAUGCAAAUCAAAUGUUGUUGAGGAAACGAGGAUAUCAAGAACUCAAGGACAUCCCAUUCGCUCGAUUUGCCGAUCAAAAUGGGACGCAGCUGAUCAAACCACAUGAUCAAACUCGAUCUGUAAAACUUUUCUGGAAACCAUAUAAUCCAUGA